AUGGGCUCAUCCUGCUUGUCCCGGAUAACAAUCUCAUCCGAGUCAGAGAGCACGUCUACGCAGCUAUCGAGCCGCAACGUUUCGGUCGAGGUCGAGGCCGAGGACGGCGUCGGCCGGCGCGUCAGUUGGCUUUGGAAGAGGUUCCGCCGGACGCCGGCCGUCGUCGUCGUCGUCGGCGGCGGCGGUGCGGGGACCCGGGCGCGGGCUUGCGACGGUGCGUUGGAGGGCCUCGCGGGCGUAUAG